AUGGCGAAAUCACACCACAGUGAAGACUCUUUCGAGCCAGUAUCGCCGAUGGAUGUUGUGCAACCGAAACGAAGAUCGGUGGGAUUUGGCGCUGUCAAAACUAUCGACGUUGAAGAUACGCAAUCGCCCAGUGACUCCAAUCCGUCGACCCUGAGCCCGCCUCGCACCCCAAGAUUCUCCGAAGCCACUUCUGUGCAUUCUCCUGUUGCCUCGUCGUCUCGAUCUCCCUUUGCAGAUCCUCCCGCAACAGCUGAAUCAAGUUCUGAGCCCAAUGUCUCUGAUCUAGGUUUUGGCUAUGUGGCCGACAACCAGCCUUCCAACCAUGCCUCUGGUCCCCAAACCAGUCCUCCUGGCUCGCCUUUGAAAAGUGCACUAAAAUCCCCAGGCACGCCGGGUCGCCUGGUCAAUCCGCUCAGCCCUACUUUCAAGGAGGAACAGAUUGUCGAGUACUAUGAAAAGGAAACCGAGGAAGAGAAUGCUAAGGAUGUCAAAAUCAAAACUCGUGUCCGAAUAGCAAAGUUCUUACUGCGCGGCGUUAAUUUCUCUUGCAGCCUGAUCAUUCUCGCAUUGCUGGCUCACAGCUUUGUGGUAUUUAACGCCACGAAAAAUCUUGCAUCCAGGGGCAACUUCAAGCCAUGGUCCCCAGACACAAACCCUUGGCCUCAGAUCGUCAUUGUGGUCGUCGCAUCAAUCUCAGUCCUCUUAUGCGUAUGCGUUUUUAUAGCUUACUGCCGUGGCGGGCAUCGUCGAGCUGAAAAGAUAGGUGUAUAUUACACCGUCUUUGGAGCCUGCUUCUUUGCCUUUACGAUUGUGAUGUGGGUUGUUGCCGCAGUCGUGCUUCAACACAGCAAAAACAGCGGCAGUGAAAAGGAUUUGUGGGGCUGGGCUUGCAACGAGAAUCAGCGCCGCGAAAUAUAUGCGGAUGUUGUUGAUUAUGCACUCGUUUGCCGUAUGCAGGACUGGAUCUUGGUCUGCAUCAUCAUCGAGGUCGUUGUUGACACCAUCACCGUUGCAAUCUACGGAGUGGUUUUCUACCGUUUCUGGUCUAAGCGCAAGCUACGCAAGUCGAUGUAUGCCCGGGACAAGGCCCGAUCCGACCUCUACCUUGCCACCCUGCGCUCUCAAUCAGCCCCAAACACCCCCGGCUACCCUCUCAGCCCUGGCUCGAUGCAAUUCCCCAAAUCCGCCGCCUCGGGAAUCGACCCCUAUUCCGUUGCUGAAAACGGCGGGCAAAGAACCCAGUUCGCACAACCCACUCCAAGCUCGAAUUUGCCCUUCCAACUCCAGCCCCCGCCAAUUCGCGUCCAGGCCCCGACGCGUGACAACUCGCCGACCGAUGGCGAGCCACCGGCAUCCGCUGGACUCGUUCAGGUCCUCAACGAGCACGUCGGUCCUGCACCGGGAGAGCAAAAGUACGAAUCUGUGCCUAUUCCAGGAUCCUAUGCCGGCCCUGUCAACAGUCCAACCUUUAUGCCCCAGUCAUCGGCGCAUCAAAGGCAAGGGAGUCGGGAAAGUGAAAACCAAGCGCUGGGGACGGCCGUGACGACUGAUAAUGCUGAACCUCCUCGCAACCAGUAA